UAAUGAUUCUGAAUUUCAAGGAUAUUUAUUUAGCUGCUGCAGGAGGAUUGUUGAUAGGAAUAGCUACAUCAAUUCACUAUUUAUUAAAAGGAAGAGUUACAGGAUUCAGUGGUAUAUUUUAUAGUCUAAUAACAUUUGAUAAAAAUAGUUUCUAUUGGAAAUUAUCCUUAAUGUCAAGUGUUGUUUUAUCAUCUUCAUUACUAUUUAAAUGUUAUGGGUAUACAUUAAAUCUAUAAUAGAUUCACUCCAAUGUUAGAAGGUGCAUCACCAAGUUUUGAUCCAAUCAAUUAAAUUAGUAAAAUUGGAUAUAUUGGUGCUGCUAUUGCUGGUUUCUUAGUUGGAUUUGGUACAAAAUUAGGAAAUGGUUGUACAAGUGGUCAUGGAGUUUGUGGUUUACCAAGAUUAUCAGUAAGAUCAAUGGCAGCAGUAGCAUCAUUUAUGACAUUUGGAAUAUUGACAGCCACUCUAAAGGAUUAAUUAGUUUUGGAAUAACCAACUAAAUUACUUAUAGAUAAUGUAGAUAUGACUAAUACAUUAGCUAUGGUUAUUAGUGGAGUAAAUAUAUUAUAAAAAAUAUUAUAUAGAUUUUAACAUUAGUUGGUAUUAUUGGUUAAACAAAAUAAAAUAAGAAAACAAUGAUUGAUGCAAUAAUUUCAUCAGUUGUAGGAUUAGUGUUUGGAGCUGGUUUAGUUGUUUCUGGAAUGGCUAAAAGAUCAAAAAUUUUAGGAUUUUUAACUUUCAAUAAGAGUUGGGAUCGUAUUAAAUAUAUAUAUAUAAUUGUAGCUUCAUUGAUGUUUGUUAUGAUGGGUGCUGUAUCUCUUAAUUUAAUAACAUUUAAUUUACUUGAAAAACCUAUUUUAUCUGAUAAAUGGGAUUUGCCAACAAAUAAGAAAAUUGAUUUUAAAUUAAUAUUAGGUGCAAGUAUUUUUGGAAUAGGAUGGGGAAUUGGUGGAUUAUGUCCUGGACCUGCCUUUUCAUUAUUUCCAUAAUUUACAGCUUAAAUAGCAGCUGUAUUUUUACCUUGUUUGGCAUUAGGAUAAAUAAAUGCUAAUAAAUUUAGUCAAUAUUUAGAUUAAAAAUCAAAAUCAAAUUGA